AUGGGCAUCAAAUUCAAUUCGCGAUACUGGCAAACUAAUCGAGGGAUCAUCAAGAUUCUCCAAAUCAUCAUCGGAUUGUUGAUAUCGGGAUCAUGGGGCUUGUAUCGUGGGCACGGCAACUACCAAACUAACACGGGAUAUUCAAUUAACUCCCUUUGCCUACUGAUCAACAUCGUCUUCUUUGUCCUCCAUUUGAUUAACAUAAAAAACUAUAAAUUGGAGCGUGUGUAUACGAUUAUUGGCAUGAUACUCUACAUCAUCAUCGCUGCGUUGAUCAUUUGGCACUGCUUUGACUAUCAUGAGAAAUAUGGUCUAGGUUGGGACCUUCCCUACGUGCAGUUCAUCUAUGUCGGGAUGGCGAUCCUCUACCUUUGGGAUUUCCAAAUCCUGAACGGCGAUGCAUCGGAC